AUCGACUCUCAGCCAUAUAGUUUAUCCGCUCGUCUGAGGAAAGCGGCAGUUAUAUUUGACUUGCCUGAACACGGAUUUGUUGGCUUUAUCUUAAAUUGUGCAAAGGAUUUUCUCACCAGAAUCAGAGAAAACAAAGAGUUAGGAGUUUCAGAUCGAUUCAAUAGUGCAAAUCGACGUGAAAUUAAAGACAAUGACUCAGUUUAACAAGGGCCCUGCAUAUGGUUUAUCUGCUGAAGUGAGAAGUAAGAUUGCUCAGAAGUAUGACCUGCAGAAGGAAGAAGAGUUAAGAUACUGGAUCGAGGAUGUAACUGGCAUGCCAAUCGGAGAAAAUUUCCAAAUAGGUUUGAAGGAUGGUGUCAUACUUUGCGAGCUAAUAAAUAAAAUCCAGCCAGGCUCUGUUAAGAAAAUCAACAACUCCAAACUUAAUUGGCAUAAGCUUGAGAACUUGGGCAACUUCAUCAAAGCCAUUCUUGUGUAUGGCCUGAAGCCUAAUGACAUCUUUGAGGCUAAUGAUCUGUUUGAGAAUGGCAACAUGACUCAAGUCCAGACCACACUCCUCGCCCUGGCCAGCAUGGCAAAAACCAAAGGUAUGGAUACAAAGGUGGACAUUGGUGUGAAGUAUGCAGACAAGCAAACCCGUAACUUUGAUCAUGAGAAAAUGAAGGCUGGUCAGUGUGUGAUUGGACUGCAGAUGGGUACAAAUAAGUGUGCUAGUCAGGCUGGGAUGACCUCUUAUGGAACCAGGAGACACUUGUAUGACCCAAAGACUCAAACAGACAAACCAUUUGACCAAACUACUAUCAGUCUGCAGAUGGGCACUAAUAAAGGAGCAAGCCAGGCUGGUAUGGCGGCCCCUGGCACCAGGAGGGAUAUUUUCGACCAGAAAGUGGCUGUGCAGCCUCUGGACAACUCUACAAUCUCGCUGCAGAUGGGCACCAACAAGGUGGCCUCUCAAAAGGGUAUGAGCGUGUACGGGCUUGGCAGGCAAGUGUAUGACCCCAAAUACUGCGCCUCCCCCACUGAACCAAUCAUCCACAGCAAUGGCAGCCAGGGCACCGGCACCAACUGCUCGGAGAUCAGCGAAAGCGACUACCAGGCUGAAUACCAAGGAGACUAUCAUGAUGAAUACCAGGCAGAAUACCACGAUCAGUACAAAGCCCACUAUGACCACGGUAUUGACUAUUAAACUGCUGUAUCAAGCAUACAGCAGAGAUAAAUAUUUUUGGAUCCUUGCAUCAACAGAGUGAGGCAUUUUUUCCCCUCGCUUGCCCUUUUUAAAAGACAAAACAAAAAAACAGAUGUCUUUCCUGUAUCACAAUUCCUAUGUUGAUUAUGCAGUAUUUUAUUUGGUAGGCAGACUAUAGACUGUAGAGUUUUUAACAAUUGUUUUUAAAAGUUACGUUUUAAAUGUGAGAUGGGUAAGAGGAGCAGUAUUAGUAUUUGUAAAGUCAAUCAUGGCACCUUAAAGUAAUGGUUCACCCAAAAAUAUAAGCUUUAUCAUCAUUUACUCACCUCUUGUUGUUCCAAAGCCAUAUGACUUUCUGCCUUCCAUAGAACACAAAGAUAAUGAAUCUUAGACUCAGUCACCAUUCACUUUUAUUGUAUUGGGAAAAGAUGCAAUGAAAGUGAAUGGUGACUGAGGCUAACAUUCUGCCUAAAAUAUCUCAUUUUGUGUUCAGUUGACAUAAUUGAAAGACAUACAGGACUGGAACAAUAUGAGAGUACAUGAAAGCAUUUUCAUUUUUGGGUGAACUAUCCCUUUACCCACAAGCUGUUUAUGUACAUUUCAGUGGCCCGCUAAAUUUAAUCUGGUUUUGUACGUAGCAUCUAAAUCAAGUGUAAAGGAUGUUUCAGCAUGGGAAAUGCUUUUAGCAUUUAAUGUAUACAGAAUUCAUUAAGUUCCCAUACUAAUUGCAGUGUAUUGUAGGAAGCAAGAAGUCGUCCAAAGAUUGUGUGGUUUUGAAGCAUUGUGGCUUUUUGAAAAGUAUUAUAUACAAUAUAUAUAUAUAUAUAUAUAUAUAUAUAUAUAUAUAUAUAUAUAUAUAUAUAUAUAUAUAUCUUCUUUUAAAUUCCUGGCUAUAAAUCAUGACCAAGCAAUGCAUUCCUAAAUUGUGCCAUAGGUGCUUUGUAUAUGUUUAGACCACCUUGUUCCCUGCUUCCUCUUUCCCCAUUGUCUUGUAUUUAUUGCCAAUAAUACUCAAUAGGGACCCUGUCCUGUUGAAUGGCUAUCAUUUUUUUAUGAAUAAAUUUUUUAAUUUUCCAAUCAAGCCUGUUGUUAUUCUGGUUGAGUGAAAAAGCGGUUCAGAUUUUAAAAGGUUAGUUCACCCAAAAAAAAUUUAAUCAUUUACUCACCCUGAUGUCAUUCAAAACCCAUAUAACUUAUUUUUAGGUAGAACACAAAAGGAUAUAUUCUAAAGAAUGCUGUGAACACUGGUUUUCUUACAGUAGCAGUUGAUAUUGAAUAAUUUUAAAGCUUAACAAGCACUCCAAAGUGUCAAAAAGUAGUCCAUGCGGCUAGUGCGUCAUAUCUAAGUAUUCUAAGCCAUAGGAUAUUUUCAGGUGAGACACAAAACUGAAAUUUAAAAACCAAAUGAAAUUUCGAACUGAUCACAUAAUUCUUUCAAAUUCCUGUACUCCCACAGAAGAAAGUUUUAUGCUUUUGGAAAGAUAUGUGGGUGAGUAAAUUCUGGCACUAUUCCAUUUAAAGCAUCAGUUGACAGCACCAUCCUGGAAAUUAUGGGCCCUUGCGUUUGGGCAAAGGGGCAUGAGUGAGUCUGAAUGCUGCUUUUGUAGGUAUGGAGGGUGAAACCAAAAACUUCCCAGUCUUGCUGAUCUCAGAGCUGUAGGACAAGGACUAGCCAGUCUAAAGUGUUGGUGAGAAAAGCGCUAUGUCUCUGAGUGAAACCCCCACCUCUUCCCGCAAACACACUGAUGGAGAAUAAUCCCUGCUUUGUGUGCCUGUGGAAUUUGGCUCUGAUAAUGCAGCACUCAAUUAGACAGUCCUACAAAACAGUGCAGGUCUCCCCUAGCAACGUUCCCUUUGUAUCAAUUGCGACUCCAUAAACAUCUUGAUCUCUUAUUCCUGUUUUGGGAAGAGCUUCAUUAUUUUUCCAAGAGCUUGAUGUAGAGUUUCCAUAAAGACGUACUGAAAAGGUGCAAUUGCAGUGCAAGGUAGCCCUGUAUUGAUAUUUCUCAAUUGAUUUUGAUCUUGUUCACAAUUUUAUGCAAUUAAUUUAGCUUGAAGCCACAGAUAUAAUUCAGACUCUUUUAAAAAGAUAAUUUAAGCCUUUAUAUGUUAUUUUGGCUUUUAUAUUAUUUCAAAAUAACAUUUUGAAAAUCAAACCCAUUGUGUUUGAAUGCCAUGCUAAAUCCAAGAGUGAUACCAUGAUUUUUGUGUGUAAUAAAAUUGAAACUGUGUACUGUGCACUUCAUUUGCAAAGUAUAAAAGCCUAAAAUUACCUAAAUGUUAACACUUCUUUUGUUUCCUAGCUGAAAAUGCAUGUCUCUCUCUCUCAUAUUCAUAUAUAUAAAAUCAUUGGUGGUACAAUUAUUUUACAGUAGAUAUACAUUAAGUUUUAGAAAAAUAAAAAGUAAGAAAAAACAGGUGAAACGUGAUAGGUACAUUUCUUGAAAACAAAUGUGAUUUGUGCUUGCUGUGGCAAAACUCAUCACCACAUCCCACCAAAAGCCUCACAAUACUUUCCUCAGUCAAAAGAGUCCACCCCAUGUCUGUAAGAUGCACAGACAUUGGUGUUGAAGUAUGGUUGCUAGUGUGCUCUGGAUGCUUGCUAGGCAGUUACCAGGGUGAUGCUACAAAGGCUUUUUUUCUAGGCCGAAUCAAAAGAGCCCACCCCCAUGUCUGGGUAUAAAAUCCUUCGGAGAGAGGCACGCAGCUAAAUAAAGGCCACAUUUUUUAUUUGUUAGUACAUGUUUGUACUUCACGAAUAAGACCAAAAUGCAGAUUAGUCAACACUGAUUGUUUAGACUCCCAAUUAGUUCGUAGAGAGACUCAUGAUGAGGCGAAGUCAAUGCAAACAAGCUGUGCCCGUUUAAAUGUGCACAUUCAGAAGAAAUUCA